UUCCAGCCUCUCAGCGUGAAUCUUGAGCUAUUAAUACCCUCACAGUAGCUUAUCUGUCAGAGCAAACUGGCGGCUCCCAGCCUGACCAAACCAGGGCUCCCAAGGUCCAGAACUUUACUCGGAGAGAGUGAACCCCGGUGGCAUCACACCCAGACUCCGGGUUCCACGCUCGCCAGGAGGUUCGGACUGAGCUCCAGAUCCGCCCCCCUUCUCUCCUCGUUGCCAACCUGCUCCUCUGGACAGGGAUGGAACCGGAGAGCAGCCGCCGCUGACGCGUCGCCGAGGAGAUGCUGAGAGCAGAAAGAGCAAACUUUCCCAGACGCCGUUUCCGCUAGCGAGUCCACGGAACGGCCGGCCCUGCUGCUGGUCACCGGGAGGUCCACGCUGGGGCUGUGUCCUCUCCGGCUCUGAGGUCUCCCGGCUCCUUGGAGACGGCACCUGAAGACCGGCGGCUGCUUGGACUAGGCCGCCCCCAGGGGCACGAGACACGGGUGCCCAGGGAGCUGGGUUCUAGCGCACUCCUAGGAAGCUCCAGGGUGCCUGGAGGCAGGCCUCAGCCUCAGGAUUUCCUGCUUCCUCCUUCAGCUAAGUGUCCCUUCUCUCUGCCUGCUGGAGGCUGCUCUCCGUUGUGGCAAACGAAGCUCGUUUGACGGCGGACCUCCGGACAGAGGAACCGGCGAUCACUCCCUGCUCCUUAGGACGUCGUCUACCCUGGGCUCCUGAACUUCCUGCUUGGGAACCCCUUUGAACUCCAGGUGUGGAGGGUGGGGUGACACGUCUCUGUCCUGCUUCUGUUCCCCCAGCCCUCCUCAGGGCAGGGAUCGGGGAAGGAAGGGAACGGGUCACCGGAGCUGCAGGAGGAGCCACGAGCUCUUCCACUUGCAGGAGCGACGGGCAAUCUGGGGGAGAAAGCCCAGGAGGAGAGCAGCCAGCCGCUGGGGCAGGAGCCGGACGGUUUGCCGACUCUGGCUUCGUUCGGGUGCCGGGGCCCUGGCGAGGCUGGGGACGAUGCGGUCAUGUGUCCGGCCUGCCCCAUCCUCGACCUGCCCCCGCCCUGGCGCACCAGCUGCGGGACUGACGAGAUGGAGUCCUUCUGCUUCGUCUGUUUUCAGAAGGAGGAGCUGCAGCCUCUGCAACUCAAAAGCGAAAAGAUGAGUGCCGGCUCCAUCGAGCAGGAGCCCACACGCAAGCUGGCAUGUUGCGGCGUGCCCCUCAUCACCGAGGACAUGCAGUCCCUCACCAUCCGAACCCUCGCCAGCACCGACAUCCACAAACACUACGACCUGAUCCGGGAGCUCGGCAAGGGCACUUACGGAAAGGUGGAUCUCGUCUCCCACAAGAGCACAGGUACCAAGAUGGCACUGAAGUUUGUCAACAAGAGCAAGACCAAGCUGAAGAACUUCCUGCGGGAAUUCAGCAUCACCAACACCCUUUCCUCCAGCCCCUUCAUCAUCAAGGUCUUCGAUGUCGUCUUUGAGACGGAGGACUGCUACGUCUUUGCACAGGAGUACGCGCCCGGGGGUGACCUCUUUGACAUCAUCCCACCUCAGGUGGGGCUGCCCGAGGACAUGGUGAAGCGCUGCGUGCAGCAACUGGGCCUGGCCCUGGACUACAUGCACAGCAAGCACCUGGUGCACCGGGACAUCAAGCCGGAGAACGUGCUGCUCUUCGACCGCGACUGCCGCCGGGUCAAGCUGGCCGACUUCGGCAUGACCCGCAAGGCGGGCUGCCGGGUCAAGCGGGUCAGCGGCACCAUCCCGUACACGGCGCCCGAGGUGUGCCGGGCGGGGCGGGCCGAGGGCCUGGCCGUGGACACCAGCAUCGACGUGUGGGCCUUCGGCGUCCUCAUCUUCUGCGUGCUGACGGGCAACUUCCCCUGGGAGGCCGCUUCGGCCACGGACGCCUUCUUCGAGGAGUUCGUGCGGUGGCAGAGGGGGCGCCUGGCGGGGCUGCCCUCCCAGUGGCGCCGCUUCACGGACCACGCCCUGCGCAUGUUCCAGCGCCUGCUGGCCCUGGACCCGGAGAAGCGCUGCCCGGUCAAGGAGGCCUUCCACUUCAUCAAGUACGAGCUGGUGACGGAAGCCCGCCGCCGGCCCUCCUGCCGCGGCCGCCGGCCCGCCGGGGACAAGCUCUCGGCCGGGCCCCUCCGCCACGAGACCCCCACCUCCUGCACCCCCGCCCCUCUGAAGCGGACCGUCCUGACCGAGAGCGGAGGCGGGCCCUGCCUCUCCUCCGCCGACUCCAGCCUGCCGUCCCCGGGGCCUCCCGGCAGGACGGACGGCCGCCAGGACAAGGGCAAGGGCCAGAUGGUCUUGGCCACAGCAAUAGAGAUAUGCGUCUAGCCCCGCCCCCGGGGACCGGGGCCGGGUGGGGAGGCCGGGGAGAGGCGGUCCUAGAGGACCCCUCCCCGAGGAAGGGCUCGGCUCCCCUCGCCCCGCACCGCCGCCGGGCCAGGGGCCGGCAGGGGGUGGGGAAGGGGGGAGGCGGGCACCUCGGGAUAGAGUAGCUCCGGCCCCUGGCUCCCCAACCCCAGAAGGAAACCUCCCUUUCUGCCAGACGUGGUCACAACAGGAGUAAUGACCCAGUGAGAACUCUACCGAGAUCGAAGGAGACUGAGAAGGCAGGAUCCCUAAGGUUGUCAAACUCCCCGGGCGGGGCCGGGCACCCCGGGGGCAAGACCCUCAUCCGCAACCCAGGGUGGCCCCCGAGGUGGCCAGUGGCACCGGAGCGGCCGGUGCCGGGAACAGGGAGCCAGAGCCCAGCUCUCCCCAACUCUAUGCCAGCGCUUGUUUCCCCGGGCUCCUGAUUUCAGUCUCCUCCUCCUCCUUCUCCUCCUCCUCCUCCUCCUCCUUCCUCCCCGACCCCACAGGGAGAGCCAGUGGUCGGUGACAGGGCUGGAGGAGCCGCUAGGGAAGCUGGAUCAUUUAACCAAAUACCCGGUUGCGAGUGGACCUUUAUCCUUAUUAAGGGGUCGGGAUCUCUGAGAGGCCAAGAGAAAAGGCUGGCUGGGGGUCUGGGCCCGGGGUUCCGGGCAGCAGCAGUGGCGACAGGGACGACAGUUGAGUAGGGGGAUGCAGGAGAUCCCGGGGGCUGCUUCCCCCAACUCACAGUGUGGCUGGACUGUCUGGGAGCUAGGGCUGACGGUGGAGACAGAUGUGGGUAUCUCAUAGGUGUCUGAACUCCAGACUGCGUGGUUCCCCUGCCAGGGAAAUACUUCAACCAGGAGGAAGAUGGGGUGAAGUCCAUCAGCCCUCCUAACCAUCAUCCUACUGACAGACCGACUACACUGAAUAUCUUCCAGAUCCCAUCUUUCCCUCCUCACUCACCCACAGGCUUCCCACCCCUUCCUGCUCCUCCACCUCCCCCUUCCUUCUCUUCCUUUUCCUAAG